AUGCAAUCCACGCUCGCUCUCCUCCUGGGGGCGUUGGCCCUGACCAACGCGCAACCUACCCAGCGCGCUCAAGCAGCGGAGCCCUCACACGUCCCCAACGCCUACUUCGUGCACCUGCGCAACACCACCGCCGAUGGCGGACGAGCAGACCCGAAAGCAGCCUUCCACCGCAAGUGCGCUGAGAAAGCCGUAGCCUACAAUGUGCGCUACGAGUUCAACGACUCGGACCUCUUCUACGGCCUCUCCGUCAGCCUAUCCAACGACUCCGCCGUCGACGCACUCAAGUCCAUCCCCGAAGUCACGCACGUCUCCCCCGUGCGCUGGAUCCCCCGCCCGGAGCUCGACACCACCUUCGCCGACAACAGCGCCGCGGCCUUCGAAUCCAACCUCCACCACGCCGUCCGCUCGGCGGCCAGCCAUCAUGCCAAGCGAGCCACCUCGGCCGACGCGGCAGCAGUCGACUUCAACUCCGCGCACCGCCUCACCGGCGUCGACGAAGCCCACGCCGCCGGCGUCCGCGGGGCGGGCGUCAAAAUCGCCAUCGUCGACAGCGGCGUCGACCACCGGCACCCGGCGCUGGGCGGCUGCUUCGGGUCCGGCUGCAAGUUCAGCUUCGGCUACGACCUGGUCGGCGACGCCUACGACGGCUACGAUCCGUCCAAGAUCGCGCCGAAGCCAGAUCCACUAACGACAUGCCUGGGCGGCUUCCACGGCACGCAUGUGUCCGGAAUCGUCGGCAUGGACGCGACGGAGACAAACGACACGCUGUUCUCCAGCCUCGUCGGCGUCGCGCCCGAGGCCGAGCUGGGCAUGUAUCGCGUGUUUGGCUGCACGGGGGGUGCGCACGAGGACGUCAUCGUGGCCGCCAUGCAGCGCGCGGCGGACGAUGGCCCGCAUCUCAUCAGCAUGUCGCUGGGCGGCUACGCGGCCUGGGGCGGCGACCCGUCCAGCCCGUACCUCGAGCUCGUGGCGGGCCUCAAGCGGCGCGGUAUCGCUGUUGUCGCUGCUGCGGGCAAUAACGGCGAGUCCGGCCCCUUCUGGCUGAGCGACCCGGCCAUCAUGCCCGAUGCCCUGGCGGUUGCGUCUGUCGAGAACAGCGAGUUCCCGACGUACGAGCUGAGGGACGACGGGGGCGAGAGCCAUCGGUAUGGCGCCUUGUAUCCGUUCCCGAGCGGUAACUACACGGCCGUGGUUGCUGGCGAUGGCUCGGCGCAGUCGGAGUUCGGUUGCUUCAGUGAGAACUACGAGGCUCUUGCUGCGAACUUGACGGGUGACAUCUCCAACUACGUCGUGGUUGUGAAGCGAGGCUGGUGUCCCGUGACUGUCAGCCAGCAGCAAGCCGUCGCGAACGGCUUCACCAAGAUCCUGACGUUCCCUGAUCCGGACAGCGACAACAUCUUCAUCCAGGGCUACGGCGUUCCGGUCGUGGCUGUCGUUGGCAACGGGACCAUCGUGUCCAUCGGGUCUACCACUGAUUCCACGAUUUACGACGCCAUCAAGACGAAUGGCGAGGUGAAGCUGUCGUUUACGGAUAAGACCCCGGUCUUGGAAGAGCAAUUUCUAGGAGGGCAGAUGAACAACUUCAGUAGCGUUGGUCCAUCCUGGGACUUCGCCCUGAAGCCGCAAAUCGCCGCUCCGGGCGGCAACAUCAUCUCGACCUACCCGCUCGGCGGCGGCGGCUGGGCCGUCGCCAGCGGCACCUCCAUGGCGGCGCCCUACCUAUCCGGCGUCUACGCGCUGGUCAAGUCGCAGCACCCCGACCUCUCCAUCGACGAGAUCUUCGACAUCCUCAAGACGACGGCGAAGCCGCUGCUGGCGGCGGGCCGCGAGGACUACUCGCCCACGCCACAGCAAGGCGCGGGCCUGGUCUCGGCCGCGGACGCCGUGUUCCACCAGACGACGGUCUCGCCGAGCCAGUUCGAGCUGGGCGGCACGGAGAAGCUCGCGACGGUCGACACGACCAUCACGCUGCGCAACCCGACGGCCGAGGACGUGACGUACGAGCUCGGCCACACGGCGGCCAACGGCAUGGCCUUCUACCCGUACGGCAACAGCGCGCCGGACAACCUGGGCUGGAGCGACGGGCGGUACAUCAACCUGGCGCCUCUCCCCUUCGCCGCCUCGAUCAAAUUCCCCUCGUCGACCAGCGUCACCGUCCCCGCCGGCGGCUCCGCCUCCGUCGCCUUCACCGUCUCUCCACCCACCGGCCUCGACCCGAAGGAGAUCCCCAUCUACUCCGGCUUCAUAACCGCGACAUCGAGCCUCAACGAGACGCUAUCGAUCCCGUACGUCGGCGCGCCGUACGACUACGCCACAACCCCGCUCAUCGGCCUGGACCCGCCGACGCCGGGCAUCCACGACGCGAACCGGUCCGUGUUCGCGGCGCCGCAGGUGUACCAGUACGGCAGCAAGCUGGCGCAGGGGGCGCACCAGGCCUACAACUUCUACGACGACGACACGCCCGUGUUCCGCUACUCGCUGCUGCAGCCGACGCGGUGGACGCGGGUCGACGUCGUCGACGCCGCGACGGACUUCGUGCCGACGUGGUACGGCUACGAUCCCACGCAGGCGGUGACGAAUUACACGCGCACGAGCAUGACGCCAAAUGGGACGGUGGCGGGCGUCGAGGUGUUGGGGAAUAUUUACUUGUUCAGUGGCGAUACGCCGUUGACGCAGUUGUCGUUGCAGUGGAGUUUCCCGUUGAGGGAUGUGACGGGGACGACGUAUGUGGGGUUGAAGAAGGGCGGGUACAGGCUGCUGGUGCAGUGGUUGAGGUUUGGUGGGGAUGAGGAGAAGAGGGAGGAUUGGGAGAGUUGGAUGAGCGGGAUCAUUGAGUCGACGAGGGAUGCGUAUGAGGGUCCGGUGAAUGGGACUGUGGUGUGA